AUGCUUUGCCCUGGCCUCACCUCAGCUCGGUGGGUGGGGGUGGGAGAAUCUCUCGCCGCCGCCGCCGCCUCCGCCUCCUCCUCCCCAGCAGCGACGGUUUCUGAAGGCUGGGUGUGCGGCGCGGUUCCCUCACACAGCGCCCGGCCCCCGCCUCCCGCCCUCCGCCGCCGCGCUCGCUCGCUCGGCGCUGAGGGGACGCGGGAGCUGCUGCCGCCGCGGCCGCCGGCCUCCCCGCGGCAGCCACUAGGGGAGGCGGCAGCGCGCCUGCGCCGCCGCCGCCAGCAGCAGCAGCAGCAGCGGGGAGCUGCCCCGCCGAGGGGGCGGCGGUGGGGGGAGAGGCCUCCGCCGCUGCCGGUCCCGGCGAAGCGGGUCCCCGGGCCGCCUCAGUGCGCAGUUGCUCACCUUCUUCUGCUGUUUCUUUUGGAUGGAACACGCUGCCACCAUCCUGCUCCAAAAUCACCGAGCCUCAAGUCCUGUAAGCCCCAGUGGCAGAGGAUCCUUGUGGAAAGCCCAAGACGAUGCAUCUUUCCAUUAUCUGUAAAAAUGCACAAAAGACUUUUACCUAAAACUGUCCUGAAGAAAGUUAGUAAAGUUGUUAGUGGUCUGUGCCACAAAUGAAAAGACUAUGGAUGAUUCUGGUCUUUUCCUUCAGGCCUUGAUGAAUCAUGAAAAUGACAGAAAGUUGAUUUUUCUAAAGAAGCAGCAGCUGUAAGUAAAAAAAGAGGAGAAAAAUCAAGACCAAAAUUAAAUAAUGAAAAGCUGAUAACAAGAGCUACUACUGAUGGUGACCAAUCCAUUGUAAGCUGAAAUUUUCUUGCAUCUUAAUGGUCUUUUUGACCUAAUUUACAGAGUCUUUCUUGUUAAUUAACUUUUUUAGAAAGGUCAAACCUUUUCUUCUGCUAAAGAUCAUGUACUUCAACUAAGAAAUUUUUUAUCAUUUACAAUAGCAAUACAUCAACCUAAAGUUCAGGAGUUUUGAUUAUGAACAAAUUAAUAAAUCAUGAGCAGUAAGCCUAGAGUAUUUCAUACCUCUUUGCCCUGCCCUCAUUUUACAUUGACAGUUAAAAAAUGAUAUAAAGAAUUCCUUUUUGUGUUUGUCUGUUUGUCAUGACCAGUGUGAAUAAUCACAUAGACUUAUGAAGGCAGACAGUCACCUAGGAGCAGCCUCAUCCACUUCCAGUUUGAAAAUGGAUGUAGUUUCAAACAGAAAGAAAAUGACAUUUCAAAAAUCCUGUUAAUUGUGAGAGAAGUAUGAGAAGUGUGAGAAGAAUGCUCCAUGUCAAAUGAGCAUGCCACAUUUAGAUAAAAAACCUGAUUUCAAUAUCAAAAAUGCUAUGCACAUUCAAAUUGAAUUAUGCAGCUUAGUACUUCUGAAAGUGGUUGCACCUUUUGAUCGAUCAGGUCAAGAGUUACAUAAGGCCUUACAUGCCUUACAUGCAGCACACCUCAAGUGGGAAUGACACUGCAGGAAUAUUUACAUUUUCAAAACGUUCUUCGUAUUUGAAUGAUAGCUGAGUGAACAUCCCUUAAAAAAUGAAGGAACAAAAACAGAGGAUGCUUUUUCAUUAAAUUAAUGAACCUGCUCAGAAAUAUUGAAGGAACA